GGAGCGCGGGGGGAAGGAGGGCAGCGCGCGGCCGAGCGCCCCGUCCCCCGGUCCCAGCCGCGCCCGGAGGACACUCGGCGGACCGCGGGUAGGUGCGCGCCCAGCGCCGCUGCAACCCGGGGCUGCCGGCGGGGCCGGGCGGGCGGCGCGGGCGGGGGGCGGCUGUCAGCGCGGCCCCGCGCCUCGUGCCCGAAGUUGGGCGCAACUCGUCCCGCCCGUGCCCGGCGGCUGAGGCUGGGAAUCGGCGGCCCGGACGGGCGCGGAGCGGGGCGGGGGGAGCGAACCCCGAGCGUCGGGAAAGUUACGGGGUUCGUUCUGAGCCCGGAGCGCGCGGAGCCGUCUGUCGGGAGGAACGUGACCGGCUUUUCCCCGGGGAUGGCAUGCUGCGCGGCGCUGUACUUCGGUCAGGGGUAGAACCAAUGGGAAGCUGUGGGAUUUUGGGUAAUAAGUGUGGGAAUCUGCGAGAGGAGUAGGUCUAAGAGCGAUUUGUUUUCUUGCUGCUGAUGAAUAAUGGCCCCUAGCAUUUCUGUUUUUUUUUUUUUAUUAUUAUUAUUAUUUUUUUAUAAGCCAGCAGGCCAACGAAAUAGGCACGUGGGAGAUCUGUAGGCGUCCGACAUCGCAGCCAUCCGCACGGCAGCGGUGCGGUGGGGCGGGCGGGAGCGCCGGGCACGGGGGGAGCGCCGCUCCGGGGAGCGCCGCCGCGGGCGACCCCCGCGCAGCGCCAGGAAUACCCCGCGGUCGCGGUGAGAGGGGAAGAGGGAUCGCGCUGCAGAGACGCGUUGCGCUGCGUCUCCGUCAAAGAAUGGAGCACCGAGCUGAAGUCAGCCGGGAAAACGUGAAGUUUUAUUCCGGUUGUGCUGCUGGAAUAAAGUAAGGCGACGCGUCCCGGCUUCCCUCAUCCCCGUGCAAAGAAAGCUGGCAGCCCACAGCCCUGCCAAAGUGAAUCGCUUCAGGUUAGAAGGCAGCUUCUCUCACACGAGGGGCUGCACCGGGUUCUUCGCGGGCUUUAUCACCUGGAGCGCGUUUGAGAGCAGCUGCUUGCGCCCACUGCUGCUCUGUAUCCCCUCGGUCCCAGCCGGUGCUGAGAAGUGUGGCACUGCUGCGGAAGUGGACUCUUCGGCCUGAAAAUACAGUUCACAGCUGCGGAACCGGGAGCUUUCUGUUACUGUUAGCUAUCCCAUUUGACAAGGCCGUUCCCGGCUUUGCCUCAUGAGGCUUCCCAGCCGAGAUGGGAAAGGCUGGCGUGGAUUCGGUGCGUUCCGUGAAUGGGUAGCGUGGCUAUUUUGACAUAGUUCAAACUGGAGAGCCCGAUAAACACGUGGCCAUUAUGUGUGGAAACCCUGCAGCAGAGCCUUCCGGUUGAACGUAAACUGUUUUGGUUGAGAAUUACACUAGAAGGAGCACAAGACUUGAAAGCCACAAGUGUCUUUUGUAAACAGAUGGACGUUCGGGAUGCAUCUAUCGGCCGCCUCCAGUUAAUUCAGUUAACAUGUGUGUGCACAUGUAUCUCAUUUUGCCUGCUCUGUGUUUUUGUAAGGGGUGGAAGCUACGUGUGCUCUUGAGAAAGAAAAGCAGGCGAGUUCUGUCAGCAUCUGCUUGAGCUCCAGCUGUAGGGGCUCUUAAAGACUGCAGCUGUGCUGCUGUGAUCCCGUGGUAGCAGCUCGCUGCUGCCCUGCUAGGUGGGCAGGUACUUUGGUCGUGGGUUCAGAAAUGGUGAGAUCCAUUUCGGGUGGCGGUAUGAUGAGAAAACACAGGAGGGCUUAAACGUGCAUCUCGCUGUGCGCCUCUGCCCUGCGUGCUGCCUGCCAAAACCACUUAGGUGCGGCAGUACCGCUCAGCGCUGCAGUGCGCGCAGUGGGGCAGUUCCUUGGUGCUCAGGAGCAGCGGCGUUGUGUUACUCUUGGUGAAGAUACGCUGCUACGCUGUGGGAAGGUCUGUGAGCGGCGCAGCUAGCUGUCACCACACGAAGCACAGGAGGAGAUGGAGACUUGGCAUCUCUGAUGGCGCUGCUGUGUGCAACGCGUGUGCAGGAGCCCCGUCUCUGCCUGCUGCUCGUCCUUACCCUGGGGCGCGCGCUGCGAUGUUGGCAUACGGAUGUGCCGACAAACAGGGCGUUUGGUGAAAAGCAACAAUUCCAGAUUUAGGGGAAAGUAAAUGAACAGUCCUGCAGAUACAGCAGCCUGCUGUGGUAUUGCCGAAGCACUGCCGCGAUGCCGUUGUAGGCUUGUCAUAUUUGUUGACCAUGCUUUAAAUAUGAUUACUGCAAGGAGUUUUUCCCGUUAGCAAAGAAGAUUUUUCGCUGUUUUCUACGUAAGAAUCCUCUCCUGUUCUUUGAAGGGGCACAGCCCUGCUGCGCUGAAGGCAGUGGAAGCGCCGCCUGUGAAGGAGGCGGGCAGCGGGGCCUUAGGCUGCGGGGCCUUAGGCUGCGGGGCCUUAGGCCCUUGUGUGGCCUUGUGGAGUCUGUAAAGUCUCCUGUCCUGUAAACUCUUUUUCUUUUGUAAUUUCAGUUUCGCCGAUGCUCACGUUUAUUCAAGACAUUAGGGAUGGGCUAAUUAAUCGAGCAGGAUCCGUUAUCCAGAUCCAGGUCUGGUUUAGGCAGUGCACUGACGUAAGCCUGAAACGAGAAGACAAUCCUGUCUGGUUGCGCUGAAGCGCUGUGAGCUUCUGGGAGCAUUUUUCAUGGCGUGUUUAGUCCAGAUUAGGAAAACUUCCUUUCAGAUCCGUGACCGAACUGUGGGAAUUUAAAGCAAGAGCCGUUUCCGUUUGUGAAAUUUAACAGCAGAUAAGAAUAUUCAGGUCAAGCCCAAAGCACUGCAGCCACCUCCUACUUGUCGUUAUGAUGCAAUUACUCCUUCAUUGGCGUUUUGUGGAGAGUGGCGGCUGCAGAUAGAGUGGAUUUCAGAGUGCAUGUGUGCAGGCUGUUAAAGCAGCUCGACUUUGCGUGACGCUUGCUCUGGUGAUGGGCAUCUCGGAGAAGUGUAAGGCUGUCAUUCUUGCAGACCCUUUGCGUGUGUUUCUGGCCUCUUCAGGAACAUAGCGGACACAAGGCACGCACGCAGUACAUUCUGUAAAUGGAAAGUGCGUUGUCCAAACAAGUUUUUAUUGCUUGUAGAGUGCACAUCCUUUGUAGUUGCACACGUUUCCAGAUGAGGAGACUGUAAGCUUCGUGACAGCUUGAGGAGGGUCUCUAAUAUUUCUGACAGCUUUAUUUUCCGUCCACUUCAGCCUUUUCCUUUCUCUUUGAGCUGCAAACGUAGAUUGAGACUCAGGUAAUACAUAAGAGGAUCCUUUAAUGUUGGCUAUUUUCAGAGGCACAAAGGACAAUUACUUUCUCUUCCUACUAACCUCCUGCUGGCUUACUAGCUGCUUGGGAGGCUGGUGAUUUUAAGAAUGCCACUUACCCAGUGCAUCAAAUACCAAGUAAAUCUUUGCUCACCAAGAUUCCCGUUCCUACACCCCGUGGUAACACCAAAAAUUGAACUUGAGUGGCCCGGAGCGCCAGCUCCUACUGUGAUGACUCAUACGACCAUCAGCACUUUUUAGACUUAAAUUUGAUCUGUUGGCCCUGAGCAAUGCUGACAAUUGCCAGCUAAAAGACCCUUCAGAGAAUUGUCCUUUAACAGAAGUCUUUUUUUUUUUUUCCUUGUCCCAUUUCCUGUUGUUCUUUUAAAUAAAAAGAAAUCCUGGUGACAAAGCUAACGUGUAUUCUCUGAUUAUUGUUUUUCAAAAAAGAGUGUUUACCUACAUUUCGAGGAAAAGAAUUGCCUGAAAACUGUAGGUCAAAGUUAUUUUGACCUCUUCACUACUGCACAGCUUCCUCAAGCAAAAAAAAAGUCUCAUGCAGUUUAAAGUCAUACUUCUAUGCAUGUGUGCUCAAUCCUUGGAAUGGUUUUAGUGGAAAUACAGGGGGAAGCCUGUAUUGUGUGGAUGCUCUGGUAAUAGUCUGGUGAAGGCCACACUGAACACUUACACAUGCCUUUUUUCUUUUUUCAGUUGUGUGUCCUGCUCGAAACCGAGCAGACUGCACUGUGAUACUGCAAGUGUCACUGAUUGACAGCACACAACCCAAAUAAAACCGCAUCCCUUCAGGGAGGUGAUUUCCAUUCUGUACUCUACUACGCUUGAAAUGAGUCUAAAGGCUCUUGGAAGGCUCUUCAGUAGUAGGCUUAGGUUUGCUACCUAGUAUACAUGCCCCUACUGGUUUGUUCCCAGGGAAAUUGCUUAAGGUAUGAUAGACUAUUAGUAAAAUUAUUUUCCGCGUCUCCCUCUUAAUGUAAGUAAUUUUAAUGUAUUCAGUUUAAUUUAAAACUAGAUGUAAUUCUGAAUCUCAGUAACAGUGGAACGCGUGGGACAAAGUGAAGCUGCCUGCUCAUAGCAGAGCAGUGAUGGCUCUGCCUGCUUCGAGAAGUUGUUCUGUCAACAUCUUUGAGGAGUGGGGGCAAAAUUCAGUUUUACUCACGCUGCUUGGAAGCCUUGAGCUGCCUGUCAAACAGAUACAAAUAGGGUUUGUGGUUUCUAUAGGGGGUGACAGGUUCAAAUUCAACUGAGCGCCACGCUGGGUCUUUUGGCGGUCUGUCUAAACACAUAUUUGAUUAAACUGGUUCAAAUUCUAAACUAGGGCUGUGGUGUCAUGCUUUUACACUGCUAUAAAAUCUUCGUGUAUGAGUAAGCUUUCAGCUUCAUGAAGAGGGCUGGGGGACACAGUUGUAAUCCUCAACUAAGCAAUUAAAUACUUAAUAAGGAACUAAAAGUUAAUUUUAUAGUCUGUUUAAAAAAAAAAUAAGGCAAAAUAUGAGUUGCGGGGCUAAAGUUGUGUCUCUGGCCAGUGGACGGAAGAGCUGCUUCUCUCGGCCACAGCACCAUUUUCAUGUUACAGCUGACCUUGCAGGAGAUUAGGCCUAAUGGAACAGAUUUAUACGGAGAAAAAAUCAGAAACCAUUAGAAAUGAGAAGAAAAUUAGAAGUGGAAUAGUUUUCACAUGAUUUCAGAGCAGCCUGGAUUAAAAGCAGAUGCUGACUUCCGUAUUGAAAAACUAUUAAAAGCACAGAGAAACUACCUGUUCUGUAGCAGCCAUUCAUCCAGCAGCUCACACUGGUGGAGUCUCUCCUGCACCUGCUCUGUAGGGAGCUCGGGGACAGGAAGGUUCCAGGCAAGGACGACUGUUGUGGCCAUUCCGCGUGCCUUCUGUGCACGUACGGCCGGUACAAUACAAGUGUGUUUUCCCUGAAAUAGGAUCUUUCCUUAUGCCACGGUUUUAAAGAUGAGGCUUUGCAUGCCAAAAUAUAGGCAAAUGAAUAAAUGAUAAGAAAAAAUGAAAUACAUGCGUCAAUUACACUUCCAUGUAAUAAUAAAGUGGACGCAUCUGCUCUGAAGGAUAUGCAAAAUAGGUAUCUAAGUUUGUGGAGCCACAGGAAAGUGGGUGUGUUAAUGCAGUGUUCUGUUCCACGAUUCAAGUGUGGGAGAAGUUUGUGUUUUAUAUGAGAGAGAGCUCUUUUCUGUGCUUCUGAUUGAUUUUAUGUUUGCCAUUAUAUGCAGCUGGCCACCAGAAGCAGGGCAGUCUGAUUCUGAGCAAAACAAAUGACUUACUUGCUCUGAUUCCUGCGACCGAGCGUUUGCAUUGCGGCACCAUGGCGCGUUAAGUGCGUCGUGGUUGAGAUUAACAGAUUUGGGACAAUGAAUUAGUUCAGGUUUGCAAGCCAAGCAUAGAUUACUCAAUCGGUACUCACACGUGUAGGGAGAGUUUUGUAAUUCUCCCUGGAACCUGUUGCUGCCAUCGGCUUCGUGCCUUCUGCUGGUAGUUGGAAAUGGCAGAGCUGGAGCAGGAAUUACUGAAGUGCUCCUCAGCUCUUCUGUGGAACAGCUUCCAGCUGACACCUGGAAUGAGGCAUUCCUCUAGACGGGGUUGCCGUACGUAUGCAGUGGUGUGGAUGGCACGAUGGAAGUUUUGUUGGUGUAGAGGAAUAAUAUUAAUUCUCAUGAGACACUGCAAAGGAGUAAAUGCUGAUGAAUGCGUACACACACGUACACGUGAAUUUAGUGCGUGAGAGAGGCAACUGCCAGUUGUGAAAACCGAGGGCCUCUCUCCAUCAAGGCAGUGACUGACUAGGGGGAUGCUUGCCCUCUGUCAUUAAAAGCAAUUAGACCAAUGUCUCGCUUACUGUGAGACAGGGUAGCAAUGUCUCUGUUUCUACAAAAAGAAAUGGGGUAGGGGAAGAGUAAGACACAGCCUUACACCUUCUGUUGUGUUUUUCCCCGUUCUUUUAAUGACUGGUGCACUGUUCUGGUACAGAAAGUGGUUCCUAGUGAGAAGUAUCAAGCUGAAAUGAGGAGGAAAAUGGAGAAACCAAGAGACUCUGAUCCUUAAAAAUGUAGUGGAGGUUGAGGUGCUCCACUGCGGACAAAACAGCACGAAUACCAGCAGCAGUCUGGCACCUGAGCACCCCUGCAGUGCACACAAAUACAGCAUAAAGUAGUAGCAGUAAGAGGUUAUGACUGUUGCACGAUCGUGCAAAGAUUCAGGAAUUCAUACAGUAUUUUACUUUCUGCCUUCCUUGGUUUUAAACUGUGUUUUUAUGUAUAAGGAGGAAAAUUUUACCUGUAUAACCAUGCAGUUUCAUAUAAUUAAUUUUAUCACAACACUAAGUUUUGCUCCUUCUAAUCUUAAGGUGUUUGGAAAUGUCUCUGUCUUUCCAUUUCCCAUUUCUAAUUCACUCGGAAUAUUUGAAUUGGAGAGCUGUCUUAUAUGGCCCCAAUGAAGAACAGUAUGUGAGUCUAUACUUAACUUGAGGAAUAUGGCUUAGUUCAUUUGAACUCUGCAAAAUGUGAGUAUUUGCAUAAACGCAGUGGUUGGUUAGAAAACUCAGAUUUCAGUGCAGCCAGAAUCCUGUUUUGAAGGUAGCUUGGAUGGUUGGUACCCUGUUGACCUUCUGGGUGAUUGAGGUGCUGAAAUCAUUCAUAUGAAGGGAAAAAAGGGGAAAAAAAGUUUGUUUCCUAAGUUCUCCCUGCAUUCUUAAACAUUAACUGCCUGUUCUAAGAACCUGUGUGGACUGUGGGAAGUGUGUGUUAGAGAUGGCUCUUCAGAAGCUUCAGAGAGUGUAAAAUGGGUUUCAGUUCUGAGCAGUGAUACUGUGGGCAGGGAUGGGCUCCCCUAAUUCCUUGUACAGCAGAUCAGGUCAGCUGGGGUUUCAUCUAGCUAAUGAUGGAAAGCCUUCAGGGAUGGAGGUGCCACAGCCUCUCCAUGCAGCUUUUGGGUUGUUCCCAUGUGUUGUCUGUCUUUGAUUGCAUUUCAGUUUGUGUUAUGUUGCUGUUGAACACGUGUUUGUUUUUUAAUGCUUCUAGGCUUUUUUUCCCCCCGAUUCAGUACCAGGACAAUAAUAUGGAUACUUAUAAGGUACAUUAUAGAAAUUAGGACAUGGGAGGUAAGCGUUAUGGGCCUGGUUCUGUAUCUGCUGCCGUCAGAGCAGACUAUGUUGUUUGUUUUAGAUGGCUGAUGCUAAAACCCAGAGUUGGUGGCCCUUUGGAACGUACAUCCUCUUCAGCAUGUGUCCACAUGGGACCUCCAGAGGAGUGGAAGGAAGUUCAGCAAUCGGCCUUCUCUGGUGUUUAAUGGGCUUGGGAACACAGCUGUCUCAAAAAACCGGCUGUUUUGAAAAAACACCUUUUACAAAUCUGAGUAAAACAUUGGCGGUCUUGCUAUUAAUUUCCUUUAUCUAGAGGUAUAAGAUUUUGCCCUGGUUUUGCUAUUCAGAAAGCGUGGAGUCCGUUCAGUGUCUUAAUAGGUUUUGGUUCAGCCUGCUGUGUGGUUUCCCAUUUGGAGCUUAUGUUUCUUCCAGCUCUCUUCCCCUCUCCUGCUUGGGAGAGGAACAAGUGGGGUGUUUCUGUGGAGCUGCAGACUUUUUUUUUUAAUUGAAUGAAAUGCAUCACUUAAAGAAAAUGGGCAUGCGUGUGUGGGGGGAAAUGAAAGUAUGUUGGUUUUCUUUAUAAAAUAUCACCUGCAAAGUGCUUUUAAAUAAACCCCUAUAUAACCAUGUAUGGGGUUUUGUGUUUUUUUUUUUUUCCCUUGAAAGACACUAUCUCCUUCUUCUAAACAUUUGCACAGCAAAGUAAUGCAUUAUUGCAUUUUCAUAAAUAAUUGAAAAGCAACUUAAAAGAAAGUAGGCCAACAGAAAGGAAAAAAAAAAAAAGGAAAGUGUCUGUUUCAAAUUUGAGAGAAGAAAAAUAUGUAUCCUUCUUGAUAGCAAGUCAGUUAAAUGUUAUUAAAUCCCACUCUCCCACCCCAGCAUGACCAAAGACAAAUCUGACAAUUGACAGUUUCAUCUAAAAGAGAGGGAAAUGGGGGAAAAGGCUACAGAAUGUCGAGCUGGUUUUGUUUUCUUUUGUUGUUGUUGUUUUCUUGGUAAGAAGGGCAAUUGUGACCCCUUAUCAGUUUGCAAGUGACUGAGGAGCAAAUCUCUGGAGGUCUGCUUGUUGGAUUUUUAGUACAUUUCUCAAUGCUGUGCUGUAAUAAUGCAAGCUAUUUUAGAACUGUGCAUACGUUAGUGUUCUGGCGCGGCAUGAUACAAUAAUGUGUGAAAAAGCAUAAGAUCACACCUUGGUGAAACUUGCAGAUUUCCUGCAUAAUCCGACAGUGAGCUCUUGUCAGGUUUUGACUAUAUGUAAAGUGAGAAUAAAGUUUCCAGAAGCAAGCGCAGGCCUUGGAUGCAUUUCUAUGGCUGCUCAAGGAUUUUGGCCCUGACGUGGUUAUGAGUGUGCCUGACUUGAAGCACUCGAGUCUCGCUGUAGCCAACGGGCCUCCUUCUGUGCUUCAGAUUUGGCACACGCCUUCGGGCCUUUGCCGAAUGGGAGCCUCGUUUUUGCUAGUGCUGAGAAAGAUCAAAGAGCCAGUGUAAAUAAUUUCUUUAAAAAAAAAAAAAAAAAAACAAAAAAAACCUCACUCAGUUGCUUGGAGCUGUUUCCAAGUAACACAGCAGUGCAUUUUGUCUGGUGGCAGAACCAGGGGCUGUGUGUGGUAAGAACCCAAGGCCAGGCCUGCUCUCCUGGCUGUGUCUGAGGCAGGCAGGAGGCCGAACCUCCGCCAUCAGUAAUGGGCUUGCUGCAAGGCAAGGGCCAGGGCCUGCAUCCCAGCCUCGUUGUUGUGGCAGUUCCUGGCCGUUCAUUUAUGCUACAUCUGAAGGUAUGGACAUGUUGCAGGAGUUGCUGAGGCUCUGAGGCUUCUGUCUGGUGUGAGGCUUCACUAGGAGGUUGUAAUGGUAAUCCUUUGUAGCCUCGAGAUCACCACUGCCAGCAUUAAUAUGUUGCUGUGCAGCUUCUUAAAAUUAGAGCUUCUCAGUGAGUGCACCCUGAUCAGUUGAAUGGAGGCUGCAUGCAGCUGACUGUCGGUGUGUGCAUUCUCCCCCGCUUUCCUCCCAGAUUCACUCAGUCUCCUUUGCUUUUUUUUUAUAGCCAGCACGGCUGUGUUUUAAGUCACUGCCCACCAUUUCCAAACGGUGUGAUGCAUUUGUCAAGGAUCUGGAAUUUGGGAUACUUUGAUGUAACUCAGUGCAGGUUUUGUAGAAACACCUGACGUGUAUGUUUAGUUCUUAAACACCUUCUGUGCUUGAUUUAUCCUCACAGGUUGUCAAGGUAUUCAGAUGACCUGAAACUGAGGAAGUACGAGGGAGUUCAGCUGGCAAAAGUCCGACAUUGAGUCUGACUGCGUCUCAAAGUUUCUUUGCAGUGUUGAGCCCAGGCUGUGUAGGAAGUGAAGAAAACCUUCCUCACCUUCGCUAUUGUAUCCAAAAGGCUCUGAGCAACAUAUUUUUUUCCAGGUGAUGAGCAACCUAGUUAGCUCACAUUGUUUAGACCCAGUGCCAGUUCUCCUUUGUUGAAGGCACAGUGGGAAUUCGUAAUAACGUAUGGUUCUGAAGGCUGGAUUUCGGUGCAGUAGGCUUGCAAAUGUGUACCUUACUGGAUGUUUCCAAGGUCCUGUGUUGUUUGUGAUCACCAGAGAUGCGUGGAUCUUGAGGUCAAAGGUGUGGAGGAUGCUGACAAAGCGGUGUUGUUUUCUGUUGGGAAUUUCUUUCUCUUCGGCUGUCCCAGUGGGUUUCUUGUGAGUGUGAGGCCAGGCCUAUCUGUCUUAUAGAGGCUGAAAGACAGAUAGAUUUUUGGGCAUAAGACAAAGUCAUUUUGUUGACACAGAACAGUAUGCAUCACUGUUUGUGCUAUUACUGUUCUACAUUUUUGUAUUUGUAAGAACAGCAUAUUGAUGGCUGUGUGUUAAAACUCUGUCUUUUAGUGGCUUGUUUUCUUUCCGAAAAAGGAAGAAGACUACAUUCUUACUGAGAAAAAACCCGAAACGGUACUGGAACAAGUACAAGGGCUGUGUUCAUACAUGAUCAGAUUCGGGAAGAUUAGGGCACUGUGUAUAAAUUGCUUUCAUGUUCAUUGGGUUAGCAGCUGUCAAAUAAGUGAUUAUAGAUGUUGGCAAAGCUUUACUUUCUGUAAUCACUGUGAAACGGGGAUAGAAAUGUAGCAGAUGCCAUUUAAUAUGGACCAGCACCUAGGUUCUGUUUCUGGGUCUGGCUUUUUACAGCUUUGUGGCCAAAGUUCUGUAGUGUCUUUAAUUCCUUACUACCUAAAAGUGGAGGUAGUGGUUUCUUACUUUACAGGAGUUAUCUGAAGCUGUUUGUUAAAUAGCUUGAGAGCCUUUGACGAAAGGUAUGAAAUACAUGCAGUAGCAUUAAGGAUAAGAUUAAACAGAACAAUUGUGCUCUGUCUGAAGAUGAUUAUUACUCCCAUACAAGUGUUAACUCUGCAAGGAAUAACGUGAUCCGAGACUGUGCUGGGGCUUCGUGUUUUUAUUUGUUAAUUGACAAGGCUUUUGGAUACAUGGCACCAUACUUGCAGUCCUGUUGAGCAAAUGAAGCGUUGUGAUGCUAUUUUUUACAGCACAGGAGUCUUCGGUGACUCAUUUAGUGUUUGUAAUGCCUGUGACAGAUUAAAAAAAUGGAAUCAGUUACUCCCAGUGAGACGGAUGCACUCAGCCGGACCCUAUUUGAGAGUUACUUGCGGCGCUGUUAAGACCAAAGUACGCAUCUUCCCCUUCCCCCCCGAAAGAAUCCAGCUUAUCACGAAAUGUUUAUCAGAGCCAUAUAAACAUUUCUUGACUGCUGAAUUUUGAAGGGAAAUUCUUUUGGUCUAACAUAUGUAUUGCAAGCAAAACUCUUCGCAGCUUAGAAAAGAAAUAAUUAGCUUGGUUACAGCCCUACUUAUUACCAAGCAUGCCAGCAUCUGGCAAGGGUAGGGCGAUCUGGGAAUUCGCUGCUUGAAGCCAUGGAACAAAGUGUUCUGAUCCGACCCCAGCGAGCGAGUCCAGGACUUGAACUGGAAUCUUCAGGAGCAGAAAAGUCUUAAGUGUCUGGAAAAUUGGCCUGUUGAGUCACCACGCAGGCACUAAAACAAAACUAAUUUUAAGCAGGUCAGAGUUCAGUGAUUCCCUCUGGAAUCUAUUUUUUUUUUUUUCCCUUAAAAAAAAAAAAAGAGUCUCAUGUUUUAAGUGAAAAGGGUCAAAGUUGAUGCACUGCUACAAUUUUUGAAUGCUUUCCCUUAAGAACAGCCACCCAGGCUAGGAUUAGCAUGAAGGGCUGCUAGGCUGGCACUUCAGUGUCUGGGUUAAAAAUAUUUUAAAGCAGUAAAUGCAGUCAGAACAGAGAGAGAGAUCCCUGGGAGCCUUCCUGUUCAAAAAUGUGCGAGCUCAGGGCAGCAACUGCAAUGUAAUUUAGGACAGUAUAUGCUUCAUAGCUUUAGAGAAUAUUGCCUCUUGUUAAUGUUACAUUGGAGGACAGUGGGAUAGUGGUAAUUUUAGAGAGGCGGUGUUCCUGUUUGUUUUACAUCGAAAACUUCCGAAUAAAUAAAAAGAAGCAUGAAUUGAGGAAGAAAUGUAACUGCUGAAACCCAGCAAUGACUCCACUCUGAGCAGACUGUAGAAACAACAGGGGAAGGUGGGCAUACAAACGUUGUCGUGGGAAUGUGGCUUGGAAGGGAACUUAGCAGACAAAGGCGAAAUCAGGACAAGUAGAGGCUGAAUUGCGUCUGUCCCAGAGGAACCAUGAAUUAAGUCUCUGCAAUCAGUGACAGUUCUGACUUCGGAAACGGGCACGAGCUGGUUUUUCCAAGCGAUCGAGUUACCACAGUUUAAGAGAUUUUCAAAAGCAAUUGCAACAGCCUGAGAGCAUCCACACAGGAAGUUACAGCUCAGCUGGCGCAUGGCAAACCGUGAAGCUGCGCCUUCCUCUUGCUGAUGACCGGGUUCCUGUUUGAUCCUGUUUAUAAGCUUCCGAAGACUGAAAAUAAGCUCAACUCCUCUGCAUCGGUGUUGCAAGUAGAAGAGAAUAAAAAGAAGAGGAGCUGAGAAUUUAAACUGGGAGACUUGGCAGCUAAUUCAGAGGCAGAAGUUGUGUGAGCAGCCCCCUGGAAAGAGGAGCAAGUGCAGUUUGUGACAGAAUUGCGUGGAGAUGAUCCCAAGCUGAAAGCCAAAACAGGAUCUUCAUUUAAGUUCAUCAAGUGAUCUGGAAUUUUAUUCCAGCACCUAACACAGGAUGUCUUCCAAGCGACCAGCCUCUCCGUAUGGGGAAGCAGAUGGAGAGGUAGCCAUGGUGACAAGCAGACAGAAAGUGGGAGAAGAGGAGAGUGACGGGCUCCCAGCCUUUCACCUUCCCUUGCAUGUGAGUUUUCCCAACAAGCCUCACUCUGAGGAAUUUCAGCCAGUUUCUCUGCUGACGCAAGAGAACUGUGGCCAUAGGACUCCCACUUCUCAGCACAACACAAUGGAAGUUGAUGGCAAUAAAGCGAUGUCUUCAUUUGCCCCGCACAACUCAUCUACCUCACCCUUGAAGGCAGAAGAAGGUGGGCGUCAGAGUGGAGAAUCAUUGUCCAGCACAGCCCUGGGAACCCCUGAAAGGCGCAAAGGGAGCCUAGCGGAUGUUGUAGACACCCUUAAGCAAAGAAAAAUGGAAGAGCUCAUCAAAAAUGAACCAGAAGAAACUCCCAGUAUUGAAAAGCUACUAUCAAAGGACUGGAAAGACAAGCUUCUUGCCAUGGGAUCAGGGAACUUUGGAGAAAUAAAAGCAUUGUAUUUGGAGUGGGGAGAGAAGGAGGGUGAGAAAGUCAUAAGUGAAGGAGGGACUCCAGAAAGCCUCGCUGAGAAAGAAAGGCAGCUCAUGGGUAUGAUCAAUCAGCUGACCAGUUUGCGAGAACAGCUGCUAGCAGCUCACGAUGAACAGAAGAAACUGGCUGCCUCACAGAUCGAGAAGCAACGCCAGCAAAUGGAGCUGGCUAAGCAGCAACAGGAACAGAUUGCAAGACAACAGCAGCAGCUCCUGCAGCAGCAACACAAAAUUAACCUUCUUCAGCAACAGAUCCAGCAGGUCCAGGGUCAGCUGCCUCCAUUAAUGAUUCCCGUAUUCCCUCCAGACCAACGAACCCUAGCAGCAGCUGCUCAGCAAGGAUUCCUUCUUCCUCCUGGUUUCAGCUACAAAGCGGGAUGCAGUGACCCCUACCCUGUUCAGCUGAUCCCGACUACCAUGGCAGCUGCUGCCGCAGCAACACCAGGCCUAGGCCCGCUCCAACUGCAGCAGUUGUAUGCUGCCCAACUUGCUGCAAUGCAAGUAUCUCCAGGAGGCAAGAUACCUGGCAUAUCCCAGGGUAACCUUGGUGCUGCCGUAUCGCCUACCAGCAUCCACACAGACAAGAGCACAAACAGCCCUCCUCCCAAAAGCAAGGAUGAAGUGGCCCAGCCUCUGAACCUUUCAGCCAAACCCAAGACAUCUGAUGGCAAGUCUCCCACGUCACCCACCUCUCCUCAUAUGCCAACUCUGAGAAUAAAUAGUGGGACCAGUUCACUAAAAUCCUCUGUGCCAGCAACAUUAGCUAGUCCUUCGGCCAGAGCUAACACAAUAGAUAUCCUUUCUUCUAUCACGUCGUCAGGUUAUUUAAAUGACCAUGAUGCUGUUACCAAGGCAAUCCAGGAGGCUCGGCAGAUGAAGGAGCAACUUCGGAGGGAACAACAGGUGCUGGACGGGAAGGUGGCUGUUGUGAAUAGUCUGGGUCUCAAUAACUGCAGGACAGAAAAGGACAAAACGACACUGGAGACCCUGACUCAGCAACUGGCAGUAAAACAGAGUGAAGACGGGAAGUUUAGCCACGCAAUGAUGGAUUUCAACAUGAGUGGAGAUUCUGAUGGAAGUGCAGGAGUUUCAGAAUCAAGAAUUUAUCGGGAAUCCAGAGGGCGUGGCAGUAAUGAGCCUCAUAUCAAGCGCCCAAUGAAUGCAUUCAUGGUGUGGGCUAAAGAUGAACGGAGGAAGAUCCUUCAAGCCUUCCCUGACAUGCACAACUCCAAUAUCAGCAAGAUACUAGGAUCUCGCUGGAAAGCUAUGACAAACCUAGAGAAGCAGCCAUACUACGAGGAACAGGCCCGACUCAGCAAACAGCACCUGGAGAAGUACCCAGACUACAAAUACAAGCCAAGGCCGAAGCGUACCUGCCUUGUAGAUGGCAAAAAAUUACGCAUUGGCGAAUACAAGGCUAUCAUGCGCAACAGACGUCAGGAGAUGAGGCAGUAUUUUAAUGUUGGGCAACAAGCACAGAUUCCCAUUGCCACCGCAGGUGUUGUUUACCCAGGAGCCAUCGCCAUGGCAGGAAUGCCUUCCCCACAUCUGCCCUCAGAGCACUCAAGUGUGUCCAGCAGCCCCGAGCCCGGGAUGCCCGUCAUCCAGAGCACUUACGGCAUCAAAGGCGAGGAGCCCCAUAUCAAGGAAGAGAUGCAGACCGAUGACGUCAAUGGAGAAAUCUACGAUGAAUAUGAUGAGGAAGAGGAUGACCCCGAUGUGGACUAUGGCAGUGACAGUGAAAAUCACAUUGCGGGGCAAGCCAACUGAUCAGGGUCCAAAUACCACGUGACCUGCAGGACUUCAAGGAGAAAAGAAAAAAUAAAUAAAGCCCCAUCUGGUUUAUCCUUACCAGUGGCCAAGCACAUUAACUUUCUCAUACACUGACUGUUACUUUAACUGUUAGUCUUAACUAGUUGGGACAUCAGCUGACUAAUAGACAUCAGCCUGCAUCAGAAGAAAAAAGGCUCAGAAGAAAGGAAACAAAGACAACGACAACAACAACAGAAUAAUAUAAGCUAUGGGUAAAAUAAUGCCAGUAAUUCAGCUGCUAUACCCAAGCACUGAAGUCUUACCCGUCAACCUUUUAUUAUUAUUAUUUUUUUUUCAAAUAAACUUUAUGGCUGUUUGUUCUACAAUGUUCUAGAAAUUCUCACUCAGGUACACAGUGCCAACAAGUGGCUUGUGAAUGUGUUUUGUUGUUUUGUGCUACAGUUUAAAGAGAAAUAAUUUUUUUUUCUUUUUUUUUCUUUUUUUUUUCUUUUUUCUUUUCUUUUUUUUUUUUUGGUAAUGCACCUGACAGGAAAGAAGAAAAAGAUAAAAUUCCUUUUUCCCCUUCUGUCUCCUCCUUCUCCUCCUCCCUGGCACGUUUGGGUCUGAAGCGUGUGUGCGUGUGCGUGUGCGCGUGGCUGGCAAGGAAGGAAGUGGGGAGCCUGUUUCUGUUAACCCCAACAAGCAAUUAUUUCCUUUCAAGAGCGAACUUCUCUUCAUCAGUUGCACAUCAUACUGAGUCUUUGAGCAAGUGCCAAAUUUGUACUACAGCGCUGAACUAGUCCAAUUUGCUUAUUUUUUUGGUUGGUCUCUGUUUUUGUUUUUCUUUGGGUUUCCUUUCUCUUCCUGCUCUAUCUCAAUUUAGGACAGUGUUGUAUCUUAGACAAUCCCUUGAAGAACCUGAUAUACCAGCAGCUGGUGAGAUUAGAUUUAUAUUUUUGGUUUUGGUUUUGCUUUUUAAAGGAAACUGUAGGUGCCAUUCUCAGGUGAAAAGAGAGAGAGAGAGAGAGCAUAAGAAAUUUAGAGAAAAAAUAUUUUAUGAUCUUGGAUUUUCAUGUGUGCGUGUUUAUGGUACUAAUAAGAAUAAUAUUGGACUAUUGUGAGCAAAAAGCAUGUUCCAGAAUGAAAUCCCGCACCCUCCAAAGGACUUGGUCUGCAAGGAGCUUUUGCUUUUCAUUUACACUUCAAGUGGCAGCAUAUAGGACAUUAACAAAAAGAUUGCUCAAAAUAGGGUUUGUUCAACACAUGACAGGGCAGCUGGAGAUGUUAACGUCUCACUGAGUGUAAUUAGGCUACCGUGAUGUCCAGUGUUAAUGAACUUGUACCUACAGGGCUGCUGAGCACUGAUCUCUGAUUCAAAAGGCAAUUGUGUUGUGUUUUUGGUUUUUUUAACUGGCAUUUUUUUUCUCCUUUGCACUUGCAGAAAUCCAUUUUUAUCAGUGGGAUGUUUUUGUAGGAAGAAAGAGUAAUAGAUACAAAGAGAUUUUUGCUUUCAAAGUCAAGAAUAGAGAACUCAAACCUUUAUGGUGCUGAGUUGCCCUAGAUGCUGCCUCUCACAGGUGAAAAAUUGUCUCCCAGGCUGUGUUCCUUCCAGCGUUGUCCUAGGACCCCUAGGUACGUUGUUGUGCAGUUUUGCCUUCCUUGGGAACAGCAGCCAGGGUGAAGUAGGUGGAUUUACGCAAGUGUAAUGCUGAGCAUAUGUUAGCCUGUUGUAAUUUCAACAAGGUAACUGAGUAUUAUGCUUUAUUUUGGAAGAAAGGCAUAAAUACAAGUGAGUUACAGAAUCUCUUUUCAUCUCCGCACUUUCAUCUUCCACUAGAAAGAGAACACCCAUGUUCAUGUAGCAAAACAGAAGCAUUAGAUCUAAACCAAUCAACCAACCAAAAAGGCUACCUCUGGUUUCAAGCAACAGCUGUCCAGUAGAUCUGCAAAGUCCCAGGGUCAUACAGACUAAAAGAGCCUUCUUCUGGGUCAGUUUUAUAAUUCCACCUUCAUAUUGCUCACUGGUAAAUCUCUGCUGCCAGAGAGGCUCAUUGCCAGCAUUCCCUUAGCCUUGUGGAAAUAGCCUUGUGAAUCUUUGUACCAGCCAGAUCUCAGCCCGAGGGUCUGCCAGAACCAGCACGUUCAGCACUUGGUAAUGCUAAUUUUGCAAACUUACCUUCAUGACGUAAAUUUAGGCAUCAUGGUAACAGCCAUUUAAUCCACAUACAGGGCAGAAGGGGCAGGCAGCAGGAGGGGUUGGGGAGGAGGACGUGGGGUCUUUUCUGCUGGAUCACCACUUGAAGUGUAACUUGACCUGUGCAGACCUUGCGCAAAGCAAACAAGCAAAUGCCAUUGAAGAGUAGGACAAUACUCCAACAAGCAGUCUGGAUGUGUGAUACUUCUACCCGGAGACAUCUGUUUUGUUUUUCUCCUUGUUUUCCCUUUUUGAUGUCCACCUCUGCCUCACAAAAAUUCUUUUCUAUUUUCUCUCUCUCAGAAGAUUUGCUCUGAAGUUAUGCUUGGAGUAGCUGAUCAUAUCCUCCAUGUCAGAGAGGGUUCUUUUUGUUUGUGACUGUGUUUUUUGUUUGUUUGUUUGUUUUUGUUUUUUGGGUUUUUUUUUCAGUUAAACUGCCUCUUCUUGCUAGUGUUGUUAUGGUAAUUAUAAUAAUAAUAAUAAUGGUCAGCUGUUCCCAGAUUAGUAAAUUAUGUAUAAUUUAUUUUAUUCCCCCCCCUCCUUUUUUAACUUUAUUUUAUUCUGUUCUAAUUUGGCAGUGCAGCAAAUGAAGCUGUUAGGCUAUUUAAAAUUGAUACCCCUCCCCACCUUGCCUUUUUAUAUAUAUAUAAAUAUAUAUAUAUACAUAUGGAAACAAAUAGCUUCUUCUUCUGCUCACACCAUUCCUCUUUCUGUUAUUUUAAUUUUGGCCCCAGCCAUGUCAACUUCUGAUGUUUAUUAUGAUGGAGUGAAUUAAUGGGAGUGUUGUUUUCAAUCUUAAUUAACUUCUGCUCUCUCAUCACUCAUUUUAGUUAUUUAAUUACACCAGUCAUCUAGAGCCAAUUUUUUUGAAGCACUCUGUUUAGAUAAGAAGUAAAAAAAAAAUAAAAAAAAAAUAGGCAAUUGUUUUUAUAUCAUUAUUAUGUACAAUGUGAAAACAGAUAUUUGCUCCUUUUUUUUCUUUCUUUCUUUUUUUUUUUUUUUUUUUUACUUUUAAAUUUGUUCCCUGUCUUUGUGAACAAAUUACUUCUGACUCUUGUGGGUUCACCUCACAUUUGCUGGAUGCUUAAUUUCCACCAUGUUAUAGAGACUCUCUGGUUUAAUGGUGUAACGUUGGGCUACCAGAAUACUUUGUUUUAGCUCCAGGUAGGUGCCACUGCAGCAAGCAUGAUUGGAGCAAGCCUUGGAUGUGUGGGCUAGAAAGCCAGCCUCGGUGAAGUCGAUGGGACAAAGGUCCCUUCACUUCAGCCGGGCUAAAUUUCAGCCCCGGCCUAUGGGCAGUGCUGCAGGAGAUGCUCUGGAGAUGCUCUGGAGGUGGCCCCAUCUCGGUCUGGUGCUGGAGCAAGGCUGGUGUCAGGGCAGCAGAAUAAGUUCUGUGCUCGCUGCUCACCAUGUAGGCCUGGGCUAAGUCUCAGGCCAAUGCUGGGUUUGUCAUCUGCACAUUUCUGUCUGAGGGACUGUGCUGGAGCCUGCGUUUGGUCAGGUUUGUUGAAGGGGUAGCUGGAGUGAACUGUCUGCCACCUGCGUUUCGAUACUGAACCUGAUGCAGCAAUGAUAAAAUGAAAAAAAAGAAAAAAAGAAAAAAAAAAAAAAAAGGCUCUGGGGUCCCAAACCAGCAAAACACUUGUGCCUGUGCUAAGGUUUUGUUGGGCCAAAGUAUGAGCACCCAUCUGUCCUUCAAGUAGAAGACCAGAUUUGAAGACGAGGCCCUGUUUGUCCCUCUUUCAUUUCUCAGAAAAACAAACCAACAAAAAAAGCAGAACGCGUAAAAAUAGAUCUUCUUGUCUUGUUUCUUUCUUUCUUUUUUUUUUUUUUCCUGGGUUCUGUGCCCUAGAGCAUGUAGGCAAACCAGGUUAGAAGAGGUUAGGCUUGUAUUAACCUACAAGCGCGUGGAGGCCAGUGCGGCGUGGCGGCCUCGCUCUCCUCUGACAUUGGGGAGCCUCUUGCGUCAGUGCGCUCGGUAGCUUAGAGAAGAACAAUACCAGCAGUGGGGAAAAGGGGAAAAGAAGAGAAAAACUGAGACACUUGCUUCUAAGCUCAAUUAAAUAACACAGAGUAUAUCCUUUUUCAAUUUAUUCAUGCCUUAUAUUAGUAAAAUAGGAUUUUUAAGUGCAUUUAACAUCUUUAUUUAACCGUUCCGCUGUAUUAAUCAGGCCCCCAGAAAAGAACACUGGCUAUUAUUAUAGCAUUUAAUUAGUUUUGUAACCAAAUCCUCUUAUUACAAAUGCAUAUGGAAGAAAUUCUUUCUUCGAAUACAUUAUUUCAAAGAUUUGGUUACUGCAGUAGACUCUCUCUUUAAUUAAAUCAUUUUUUAGAAAGUAAAUUGUCUUUAACCUUUUUACAGCACAUUUUCAGAGCUUUUUCUUUUUAAUCCAAAGAGAUGAGCUGUUAUUGUCCCCGAAGAAGCCUCUGACAUCACGUUUGUAACAUCAAAAAUAAUUAUACUCCGUGGAAACGUAGACCUUACUUAGCAAGAAUUCAUCUGCUAGAAUGAAUGGCAACUAUAUAAUAUCCUGUGCAUUUAAGGGCAUGAUUUAUCAGAUAGGAAGUAUUUUUGUCUGCCCAUUUCUUGGUAGAAUCAUAUCUUCAAUUUUGCAAAGAAAUGUGUGUAAUUCACUGGAUGUGGAUUCAAGUGUAUCCUCAAUUCACAGGGCAUGGGCUGGAUGUUUAGCUUGGUUUAUAUUUACAUUUUUUCAACUUUAUCUUAACUUGUCAGUUUCCCAGAUUGAAGAACAUGUCAAGUUCAUUUUUUUCUACUGACUGAUUUCUCUACUCCCCAGUGUUUUUGCCACUGGUUUGCUGAAACAGUAUUUAUAUAGCUCCGUUGGCUCUAAAGCUCCUACUCCUUUAAUGUUUUGGAUUUUACAAGUGAAAUGAAAAUAGAAAAGAAAUAGAGACAAUCAAAUGCCUGGAGCUUAAAACAAAGUAUGCGCAACCUACCAUCUCACUUGAAAUUUAAUAAAAGAAAUAAUUAUGUAAAUAUAACAUAGAGUUAUAGAUUUAUAUUUUGUUCAUAACACAUAGUGUAAUAUAAGUUGUAUAUUUUCAUGUUUUGGUUUUAUGUUAUCAUUCAUGCCACAAUAAAUGAAAAAAACAGGAGUUGAUGUACUCUUUAAAAAAAUACAAUAUGUGGGUUGCCACCAUCCUGGGUUUUUGGUUUUUUUUUGUUUUGGUUUUGUUUUUUUGGUUUUUGUUUCUUUUGCAUUCCCCUUUUUCAGUAUUAUUGCCCUGCAAGGCACCAAUAAAACAGCAAAUGUGUUCUUUACCUA